UCUAACACUGCAGAGUUCAAAUAUAACCAAGCACACUGCAUAAGCGUCCAAAAACUACGCGAAAUCAAGAUGAGUUAACCUGAUUUUCUCGGUGUUUGGGACUUAAGUAAUUUUCUUCGCACUACGCCGUUCCUAAAUAAGUGUUUCAUCGUGCAUAGUGAAAUACAAAAUGGCAUUGGAUUUGAGUCACCUUGAGCCUCUUUUAGCCCUUGAGAUAACCACUUGGAAGAGAUCUCAGCACUUACUGCAACCGAAAAUUUGGCAUAAGCAGGAUGGCUUCAUCGUUAGAGACGUUACACCCGAUUUUUUCCCUUUUGUACUUCACCACAUGGAAAAGUAUUUCCUUCGAGAUGAGCCGAUGGGUCAAUCGCUUAAAAUCGUAGAAGAUCCACUCGCCCUAGCAGAAAUGCGGAUACUGUGGUAUCAGCUGAUACUUCCGCAAAGGGUUUCCAUCGUUGCUAUUCCAGAAGGUACUCCCGGGGCCAAUCUUGAAGAAGUGAGCGAAGAUAAUCCACCCAGUAUAAUAGGAGUAAACCAGCUAUUCGUUAAUUUGAAGGACGAUCCCCCCAUGCCAGACCUUAAUUCGGUGCUCAAGAGUAAGAAGGCGAAACUGUGCCUUGGCACCUUAUUCGAAACGGGAGCGAUGGUUAACGUAUUUGAAAGAUACCAGGUGAACACUUGCAUCGGCGGAGUUGGAAUGAGCGUCGCGCCCGAGUGGCGAGGCAAAAGCAUUGGACAGUUUUUGAUUACCGCUAGAAACAACCUGUGCAAGGAAUUGGGCAUUCCGCUGCAAAAGACAGUGUUUACAGCUAUUCAGUCGCAAAAGGUAGCGGUCAAGGGUGGUUUCGAAUUGUUGGCUGAAAGAUUCUACGCAGAUUUAAGGGGAGAAGACAACUCUCUCCUUUUUCCCGACAUGCACCCUGAUCAGAAGAAAAUUCAGCUGAUGGCUCGAAGGGUUUAAUGACGAAAUGGUUCACUGACGUGGUACAAUGAUCCGUUAAUUCAUGUAUCAAUUAAUUGUUAUUUUAAUUGCCACUCGAUUUUUUAUGCUGUAAUGAUGGGUAUUGGAUUGGUGAAUACUUAAAAGAAAAAUAUAAAAAUAGACUUGUCUUGAAACUAUUCAUAGACACCACAAAUUACUUGAAUAAAGCUAAUAAGUAAAUAAAAAUAAUAAAAGCAAUAGAGUUUCCUAAUUCCCCAAUGCUUUCCUAAAUAUAAAUAAUUCAAUAUUUUUAGAUCAAAAUUUUUAAUACAAUAAAUGUGCAAAAAAAGGUAAUAAUGGCCUGCACUAAAUUUUUGGAUAUUUUUGAAUGAAUAAAAUCUUUAAUAAACACCAAAUAUGUAAAACAGAAUUUCGGGAUAUUUAUGUGGUUCAUUUAUUAUUGGCAAACUGAUAUUUCAUUCAUUAAUAUACACAAAAAGUCGAGACUACAGACCGUGAAGUAUAUCAACUGUAAAAUUGAAGAAAUUCUUCAUUUUGUAUCAUAAUAUAGCUUUCGUUGUAUUUUUUAAUUUAGUUUCAUUAACAUUUUUGCGGCUCAGUCAGUGCGGCGUGAUCUUACUUUGUAAUGGAUCAUUUUUGCAUUUUUUCCGCCAGUAUACUGUUCGCACACUCUUUCUUUUAAAUUUUCAUAUUGAAUGUAUUUAUAGUAUUGACCCUAGCGAGA